CCACGGAAGUGAAUGGCGGACCCAUCGAGCCACCUCACGCUUUUUGCUAUCAGUUCUGGAUCUUUCUGCUCUUGUUUUUCUCCCAGAGAAGAGGAGCGGCCAGUGAGCGUCUGCCGCAUGAGGGCGGAACCAGUCGAGGAGUGUGAAGAAGCGAUGAUCGGGGAAGCGAGCGGACUGAUGCGCAGCCGACGAUCCAGCUGAGAGUCCUGUCACCGCCUGCCCGACACGUUCAGCACCGUGUUCCUACAACUGACUCAACAAGAAAAAACACAAGCAACAGUACAUAUGGCCCCGCUGCUCAGCUAGCUGAGGGAGACGACCACACCGAGCGGGCAUCAUGUUUCUGAAAACGUCCUUCACCUCGCUGAUCGUGGGGGUGUUCGUGGUGUAUGUGCUCCACACCUGUUGGGUGAUGUACGGCAUCGUGUACACCAAACCCUGCGACAGCCCCAAGGGACUCAACUGCAUCACGCCUUUCCUGGCGGGAAACCCCAAACUGCAGCUUAGUAUCUUCACUGCGCUGCGGUCCAAUGCAGAUGGCGGUCAUACCCUGAUCCACAAGGAGGAGGACUUUGAUGUCAGCAGCAAGUUUGAGAGGACAGUAAACGUGUCUCUACCUAAGAAGACGCGGAACAAUGGGACGUUAUAUGCACUAAUAUUUGUCCAUCAAGCUGGACUCAGUCCGUGGCAGGACCCACGACAGGUGCACCUGGUGGCCCAGCUCACCACCUACAUGAUCCCAAAGCCGCCCGAGAUCUCUCUCAUAUCAGGGGAGGAUCAAGCACAGGGUGAGAAAGAAGCGGCGCAGAAGAAGAAACAGCCUGGUCACCCUGCCGCAGGACGACCGGCCACGUCUGCGUCCGACCACCCCGUGUCCCACUGGCGCUCUCGCCUCACGCUCAACAUCGUCAGCGACCACUUUGUUUUCGACAGAGAAAGCCUCCCGAGUGACGUCCACCGAUACCUCAGAGUAUUCCAGAAUGGAAAGAAGAUGGUGUAUCUACCUCUGCUGUUUGUCGACGAGCUCAGCAACCGAGUCAAGGACCUUGUGGAGAUCAACAGCACCUCCACUGAGCUCCCCCUGACCAUCUCCUAUGACUCCAUCUCUCUGGGAAGGCUGAGAUUCUGGAUCCACAUGCAGGACGCCGUUUAUUCUCUCCAGCAGUUCGGUUUCACUGAGAAGGACGCUGAUGAAAUCAAGGGGAUCUUUGUGGACACUAAUCUGUACUUCCUGGCUCUGACCUUCUUUGUAGCAGCCUUUCAUCUCCUCUUUGACUUCUUGGCCUUCAAGAACGACAUCAGCUUCUGGAAGCAGAAGAAGAGCAUGGUGGGAAUGUCCAGCAAAGCAGUGCUGUGGCGAUGUUUCAGCACCAUAGUUAUUUUCCUCUAUUUGUUCGACGAGCAGACCAGCCUGCUGGUCCUCAUCCCUGCCGGGAUCGGCUCAAUGAUUGAAGUCUGGAAAGUAAAGAAAGCCUUCAAGAUUCAGGUUUCCUGGAAAGGAGGCAGACCAACGUUCCUGUUUGGGAAAUUGGACGAAUCGGAGAGGAGGACAGAAGAAUAUGACACUUUGGCGAUGAAGUAUCUUUCGUACCUCCUUUACCCACUGUGUAUCGGUGGGGCAGUGUAUGCACUAAUAUUCCUACGAUACAAGAGCUGGUACUCGUGGCUGAUUAACAGUUUGGUGAAUGGCGUUUAUGCAUUUGGCUUCCUCUUCAUGCUUCCUCAACUGUUUGUCAACUAUAAGCUGAAAUCUGUGGCUCAUCUGCCCUGGAAGGCCUUCAUGUAUAAAGCUUUCAACACCUUCAUCGACGACGUGUUCGCCUUCAUCAUCACCAUGCCAACGUCUCACAGACUGGCCUGUUUCAGAGACGACGUGGUGUUUCUCAUUUACCUCUACCAGAGAUGGCUCUACCCAGUGGACAAGACCAGAGUGAAUGAAUACGGAGUUUCCUACGACGAGAAGCCCAAAGGGAAGAGCCACAAGGACUGAAAGGGAGCUGUUGACGACGGACUACACUGAUUGGGUAUCUGUGGGUAUCUCUGCCGGCGUCCAGUGAACCCAGCCGGAGGGUCCAGUGGAGCUGGCUUAUGACUUCGGGCCAGUCAGGGCUACACGGACCAGAAGCAUUACCGUUUUUAUGGCUUCCGUUUAGUUUUUAGUUUUUUUUAAACUCUGCAAAUCAUCUGUGUAACCUGCAGUACAGAAAAAUCCAACAGUUGAAUCUGUGCCCCGAUUCAAACAGAUGCAGCAACUUGGAAGAAAUGUGCGAGCCACAUGACUUGGCCUUUUACGUCGAUUUCUGGAUUACCAUGGCAAUUUCACUUUCAUAUCUGCUUAGAAUUUGUUGUUCUCUUUGAACAACUCAAUUCUCUUCAUUAUUACUAUUUUUUUGAUUGUUUCAUCGACCCAAAUAGAAAGCAUUAAUUCCAACGGUUAAAUCAAUCUCUGGCAUGUAGAUUUAAUUCAGUUUGCACUGAAGGAAAAAGUUUAAUUUAUUUUUUCUGGACCUACCAACUUUUAAGAAGGGACUACAUCUUCACAACUAGCAAAAAUAGUUAUUCUUGCAAUUAAAAGGGAAACAAUGCAUUUACAAAUCGCUGCCACGCUCACCGACACUGUGUGGGAAAAACUGAAGCCUGCUUCAAAAAACUAAUGCAAACGGAACAUGCCGGCACUGCAGAACUAGAGCUGCUUUUAUUCACUGAGAAGCCUCAUGAUAAAGCUGUUUGCUAUAAAACCUGCCAGAUUAAACAAGAACUUUAAAUUAAACUGAAGGUGAGUCAACUAAAGGCCUUUGUUAAACCUUUGCUAAAGCCUUCCAAAGUGGAAAAAAAAAAAAAAAAAAUCUGAUAUUAAUUCUAUUUGAAAUGGGUUUAUAAAAGCACACGAUGAAGCAUGAUUGCAGUUUGUUGUCAUGGUAACAGCGACUGUGAUUUUCCUAUUAGAUGUUGCAGACACCUGGUAGAAGAUUGGGAUAUGUUGCCAUGGAGACAUUUAAUCUGCCUCAACAUUCCAGAAUUUUAAGCUUGAAGGUUCCAGAAUCUGUGACUUUGACUGGUGUGUUUUUAAUUUUUUUUGUUUUUCCCUGUUCUGUCAUUGUGUGAAAUAAUAGUGAUUUUCUGUUGCACUGUAACACACAGGGGUAUCGUAGACAGCCGGACCUGCUCUCCUCCAUCUUCUCUGGUUUUGUAAUACCUGCUCAAGUAUUUUUAUACAUGUCCCGGCCAAGCAAGUAUGUUGGUGCCAAAUGU